UAUCAAAGCCCGAACAAUAUGACCAAAGCUGACCCAAGCCCCCAAGACGGUGCAUGUUUUAUCAGAUAAUUUUCUCGGCGUCUCUCCCAGUUGUAUCUGGAGAGAAAAAAUUCCCAACCAAAUCCUUUUCCUACAGGCUGUAGCAGAGAAAAUGACGAGACAUGGGCCCGAGAAACGGCGGCGCUUGGAUCCCUCCUCCACCGCCGGCGUAGUUUUCAACGACCGCUCCACCGCCGACGUCAUCCUCCGCCUCUUCAUUGAACCCUCUUCCUUCGACUCUCCCACCACCAUUACCGCAGCCUCCGAUUCUGACGUUCAGAUCUACCUCCACUCCCACGUCCUUCAACGCUCCAAAUACUUCUCCGCCCUCUUAUCCGACAGGUGGCAACCACCCCCCGGCCUGAAAACGGGCAAAAAUCCCAAUCCCAAACCCUUGAAACUCAACCUUGGGGUCCCACCUACCCCCGGGUCCCUCCAGUCCCACCUCUCUGUCCUCCAACUCCUCUACUGUUCGGAUAUCUCCAAUUCCAUCGACAGCGCCUCCAACGCCCUCGAUCUCCUCCCCGUCGCCCUCGAGCUCCUCUUCGAGGACUGCGUCAAGUCCUGUGUCCAGUUCCUCGAGGCCGUGCCCUGGACCGAGGACGAAGAGAAGCGAGUUCUCGGUCUAAUCCCAUCCCUGAAAGAGGAAGAGAGCAAGGAACUUCUCGAUAGGGUUUCGCCCGGUCAAACCGAUUUGUGCGAGGAAAUGCUGCACGGGCUGGUCUUAUCCGCUAUUCACAACUAUCCGAACAUGGCGAUCGUGAAGGCCUUCGUGGCGAAGCUCCUGAGGGAUUUAUCGUCGAGGGACGCUGCCAAGAGGGUCUUGGAGAGCGCGUUCGAGACCAGCUUGAAGGUCGUCAAGGAGUCGUUGGAGGAAUACUCGAGCCCGGACUUCAGAGGGGAUCACAACGAGACCGAGGCGAUUCAGAGGCUCAAUCUUCACAAGGCGAUGACCAACGGCAGGCAUUUGCUAUGGUUGGUGGAGAGAAUGAUCGAGCUGAGGGUGGCCGAUUCCGCAGUCAAGGAGUGGAGCGACCAGGCGGCAUUCACGGCCGAUUUUCAGAGGGCGUUUCGUGACGAUGCGUGGAGGAAUAUCGUGCCAGGGUUACCGGUUGUUGUGCUGAGAUGCACCACGAAGCUCGCCAAUGCUGUCGCUGCGGGCAACAUUUUGGCCACCAGACAGGUUAGAAAGAAGCUAGUGAAAAAUUGGCUUCCCGUUCUUAUUGUAUGCAAGGAAAAUGUCUCGCCUAGUAACAGAUCACCGUACCUGGAACUGGAAGAGACAUUUCUGAGAAUAAUCUCCACCCUGCCAAUGUCAGAUGCACAAGAGCUGUUGCAGCAGUGCCUCAGCUUUUCAACUCGAAAUGUUGAAGAUUGCCCUCACUUGUUCACAGCAUUCAACACCUGGUUCCGGCGUGCGGCUCGACCUCCACGGACAGACAACCUUAGUUAGACACAAUGAAGGCUCUGUCAAAUAUUGUGCAUACUAACACCGUCAUUGGAUAGAGCUUUGUGUGGACUGUGAAUAUUAGCAUCCAUUUAGACAGGGCCUAAAGGGCUAUUGCAAA